AUGUCAGCCACCAAUGCUGAUAUAGAUGAUGUAUUCACUGGAGUGCCAGCGUCCUACGAUGAAAUUUUCAACUCCUUCUUAUUCCUUGGCAUCCUCUACCUCAUGGGAGAUGUCAUUUGUCAACGUGGACUCAAGAUUGUUCCUUCCUUGGUGGGAUACAUCGCCACGGGGGUUGCUUUGGGACCCGAGGGAUGGGAUUGGAUUCCAAUGAAUCCAGCUUCGUGGGUGACGCUGGGAAACAUUGGAUUGAUCCUUUUGAUUGCACAAGCUGGUUUGGAAAUGGAUUUAGAAGUUCUCAAGAAGAUUGGUGUUCGUGGCUUUAUCAUUGCGGUGGUGGGAUCCAUACUUCCAAUAUCGAUUGGGAUGCUCUUGUCAUGGGCCGUUUUGAAUCAAACGGGAUCCACUGUGAUUGCUAUGGGAUGUUGUUUUGGACCAACCAGCGCUGGAAUUGCGAUCAAUGUGUUGAGCCAAUGCAGCGUACUGGAAAGUCCUCUGGGUCAACUCAUUGUGGCAGCCGCCAUUGUCGAUGACAUUCUAGCCCUUUUAGUGCUCAGUCAACUGCGUGCUCUGACGAGUGAGAGUGGGGAAGUCCUAGUGGCAGACAUUGUGAUUCCUAUUGUCAGUGCCUUUGCAUGGCUCUUUGCAGGUGGGGGAAUUGCUCUGUUUGUCAUGCCAAAAGUGGUGGACAGAGUUUGCAAAUGGGCAUUGGCAACGUUGCCUAAGCCACUACUUGGAAUAAUGGGCCUUGACAGUGAAACCAAGGAUGGUCCAGACAGCAACAAGUCGCAGACGAUUCGACUGUGUUUGCUGCUCCUCUUUGCCCUACUUGUAUGCCUUGUGCCAGCUACUCAUCACUCUCAAGCAUCCUAUCUCUUGGGAGCCUUCCUAGCAGGCCUAUCCUUCUGUCAAAUGGAGGGGCUUGCUGGAGUGUUCCAGGCAGAGUGUCAACUGUUGAUUGAUUGGUUGAUGCGAUUGUUCUUCGCUGCGACGAUUGGCUUUCAGGUUCCCUUGUCACUAUUCUCCGACAGCAAGGUUGUAGUCAAUGGCGUCCUACUCUUUGUAUCUCUAUUGGGAAAGAUUGCCGUGGGCCCGUUGCUGACACCCGUCCUUCGAUCGGGUUCUGAAACUGAAACUGAAAUUGAAACUGAAAUUGAAAACAAGAAGCGGUGGACGGGAGAGCAUGUACGGAACUGUGCCAUUGUUGGCUUCAGCAUGGCCGGUGAAGCAGAGUUUGCCUUUGUGGUGGCUGUGUUUGGCGUUUCAGAAGGUUUGAUUCCACCAGACCUAUACGCCAGCAUUGUUUUUGCAAUUCUGCUAUCGACUAUCUUUAGCCCACUUCUCCUGCGAACAGUUCUCGCGGUUGCACCUUACGAAGCAGAAGAAACUGAAACGCUUGAAGCAGAGGAAUCGAUACAAGACAAGGACUCCACCGCUGUGGCAGAGGUAAUGGAAGCGUAG